UAGUUUAGUCUGAGCUUAGAACUUGGUGCGACGUGUUGAUCAAAUCGCUGAAAUGUGCUAGAGCAAUCUCAACACCAACCGAAUCGAAUACAAAUUAAAGCUUAUAGGAAUUAAACAAGUGUUAUAAAAAAUGGCAAAGCCAAGGUCAUCGGGGGAUACGGCGGGGAAUGGAAAUGGGAUGGAUGCGGAGCCCAGGCUUAACUACUUCCAGAAAUUAUGGCGCUAUCGCCACUAUCUGGUCAUCGAGCCCUUCUUCUUUUUCUACUUUAUGGCCUCCGUGUUCAAUGCGGUGGCAAUGCAGAAUUUCCCAUUGGACAAGGCCUGUCGCGUGAAUCUGGGUUACAACAAGGUGGUCUGUGACACGAUGCUGGAUAAAUCCGAGCUGGGCAUCGAGUGCGAAGACUUCAACUUCGAGAACACCACCCAGGGCGCCACGCCGGAUCUUGCUGGCCUGGUGAUCGGAGCAACUGGCUUCAAUUACACGGUCUGCAAGGCGGAACUCGAGGCUCAGAUCCUAGCGGCGGAUGUCUCCGGCAAACGUGCUCCGAUGGCUGCAAUUUUCCCACUGAUUGUGCUCCUUUUCGCCGGAGGAUGGGCUGAUCGAUAUAAUAAACGCAAGCCCUGCAUGAUAAUGCCAAUUGUUGGAGAGGCACUAUCCUUUACAUGUCAAAUCAUCUCAUCAAUUUUCUUUGAUUCGCUUCCCAUGGAGUUUGGUGCUUAUUGUGAGGCCAUCGUUCCAGCUCUUUUCGGCGGAUUGACCUUCUGUCUGAUGGCAAUUUAUAGUUAUAUCACCAUAGCCACGCCCGAGGAGGAUCGAGUUUUCCGCUUUGGCAUUUUUGCUAUGUUCGUCACAGGAGUUCCAUUCAUAGGUCAACCGAUAAGUGGAGUGCUCUUUACUACUUUAGGAUACACAUGGUCCUUUGCCUCAGCCAUAGCUUUCCAGCUGAUUGCGAUAUUUUACAUUAUUUUCUUUAUAAAAGAGGUGAAGACCACGCCGUCGACUGCUACGAAUGGCGGCCAAGCAAAUGAGCCACCACCACUGCCCACUACCCUGCCACCAAAGCGGGGUACCGAUAACAUGGCCUACGAGACCACGAAUGUGGGUGAACAGCAGGGAAACAAGAAUGUCAACUUCCAGCUGACUCCGCACAUGGAGCCCAAAGUGGAGGUGGUGCCUCCGAAACGCUCCAUCUGGAAGGAACUCUUCGAUCCCACACUAGUGCUCGACUGCAUCCGCUUUCCUCUGAUCAAGCGACCCAACAACGGACGCAUGCUGCUGAUCCUCCUGCUGAGUGCCUACUUCCUGACCGUGGGUCCCACGUCCGGGGAGAACGACUACUGGUACCGAUUCACGCUGAAGAAGCUCGCCUGGAAUGGCAACGACUUCAGCAUCUACCUGACCUUGUCCAGUGGUGCUGCACUGGUGGGCACUUUCAUUGGCACCGCUAUUCUGAGCAAGCUGCUCAAAUUUUCCGACUCCAUGAUCGGAAUGCUAUCCGCUUUGUCUAUUGUCUGCUCCCGCGUGCUUUAUGCUUUUUCCAGUACCACCACCUCUUUUUAUGUGGCUGGAGUGGUGGACAUGUUCGUCAGUUUGCGAGUGAUAGCCAUCAAGACCAUCGGCUCCAGCAUCGUAGCUGGCGAUGAGCUGAGCAAAAUGUACUCCAUCUUUGGCAUCAGUGAGCCAAUUGCCCAAUUCAUCUUCCCCCCAAUUUUUAGUGAAAUCUAUAAAAGCACGGUUGAUUCAUUCCCAGGUGCAAUUUGGCUGUUUGGCGAAAUUUUCUAUAUACCCAACGUUUUGGUCUUUGUUGUGUGCUAUUUCCUCCUGAAGCGCCGAAAGGCCAAUGAGCAAAAGAGUGCCGUGGAGCUGGAGCAGAAUGGAGCAAAUGGUGCAAAUGGUGCACAUGUGCCCGAUAGCGAAAUAACUAGUCUAUAACAUAGUUAAUGCCAGUCCGUGUUAUAUAUUUUUUAUAUUUAUAAUAUGAAUUUUAUAUUUUUGUAUGUUUAUAAACAAUGUUUAUGUGUUGUAAAUAUGUUUGCAAGAGAUCUUAGUAGGUAAGAGCAUUCUCAGAUGCUGAAACAAAAACGUGUUUGAUAAAAUGGUGAUGUGCUCUUAAAACUGAAUUACUUGUUAUAACCACUGCAAGUGACUAGUCUUUAAUCUUAUUUAAAAUGUUGCCUUAUACCUGAAAAA